AUGACUAUUAAGGAUACGCCCGCCAAGAUCACUAACAUAGGGUCCAUGAAGGCCCCCUCAUCUCUCGUCACGCCCAUCGCCGAGGCAAACAAGGACGUCUCCAAUAGUACUAAUAGCACGAAAGGCACUGCCACCAAUGGCAUCAAGAUACGAAACGAGGACGAGCCCAACAAUAGCACAAAAACCGAAAGCUCCCCUCGCUUUGUUAUUAUUGGUGCCGGUGCUCGUGGCUACGCUUAUGCCACCACUAUUCACAAGCUCACCAACGGCCUUGUCUCUGCUGUUGCCGAGCCCCUCAAGUUUAGCCGUGAGAACCUGGGCAAAAAGUUCAUCUGGCAAGAUAAGGAGCCCCAAAAAGGCCAGUCAUUUCUUGGCUGGCGCGAGUACCUGGACUACGAAAUUGCCCGUCGCAAACGGGUCGCUGAGGGCGAGGACAAUGUUCCGCCCGGAGCUGAUGGCGCAUUUGUUUGCGUCCAGGAUGCCAUGCACGAAGCCGUCGUUAUUGGCUUGGCUCCUCUGAAUCUGCACAUUAUGUGCGAGAAGCCGCUCUCAACCACGCUGCAGUCCUGUCUCAAGAUGUAUCGGGCCCUCAAGCCUACAAUGGUCACCAAUGUUUUCUCCAUUGGCCAUGUCCUCCGCUACACUCAGCAUAACAUGCUCCUCAGAAAACUCAUCGUCGAGGACAAGGCAAUUGGAAAUAUCAGCAGCGUCGUGCAUACCGAACCUGUUGGCUGGUGGCAUUUUACGCACUCCUUUGUUCGUGGCAACUGGAGAAACGAACAGACUUCCGGACCGUCUCUUCUAACAAAGAGCUGUCACGAUAUCGAUUUCCUUCUUUGGAUGCUUUGUUCUCCCGAAAAAGCUGGCGAGGGAGAGUCUCAUAUUCCCUCUACCGUUUCAUCCCAGGGCGGACUCAAUUUCUUCAAAAAGAGCCGCAAGCCUUCCGGCGCAGGCGAUGCUACCAACUGUAUGAAAUGCGCUCUUGGAGACUCUGGCUGCAAAUACUCCGCCAAGAACCUAUACAUCGGUCCCCACCGAUACAGCCUGGAGGGUGGCAACUUGAGCAUGCCUGUCAACAUUGUCGUCCACGAUAUUGAAGACUACAAGACAAUGGACGAGAAGAAGGCAGCCAUGACCAGGGCACUCGAGGCCGACUGGGACAAGGCCACUCCCAGGGAAGAGGUGGCUGCCCGUCAGUGGUACGGCCGCUGCGUCUUCGAGGCCGACAACAACGUCAAUGACGAGCAGUUUGUCACCAUCUCCUUCCCCGAGACGAACAGACCCGCGAAGCAGGUCACGUUCCACAUGGUCGCUCAGACCAAGAAGAUUUGCGAGCGAUUUACUCACUACUACGGCGACGAGGGCGAGAUUUACGCCGACGGCUACAAGAUAACCGUCGAGAACUUUGCCACUGGCGAAAAGACGGAGCAUGAUCCCAAAUACGUCGCCGGCGGUCACGGCAGUGGCGACCAGGGUCUCACCGUCCAAUUUGUAGCCGCCUGUGACGCUGUCAAGAACAAGGGUUGGGCCGCUGAGCAGGCCCAAAACAACUACAUUGGCUGUACGCUUGACGAGGCGCUUCGCAGCCAUGCGAUGGUCUUUGCUGCCGAAGAGGCCCGCAAAGAGCAAAAGAUUGUGCACUGGCCGCAGUGGUGGAGUGAGAAUGUUGGCGACGACUCACAAUGA